GGUGACCCACAUACCGCCGAGAUGGCAUCACUUCUCAGGGUGUUCCUGAGUAAGCUGACUGCAUAUGCAUAUAUAGAUAGACCGGAGGCGUCGAGGAAGGCAGCAAGUCUCCCGUGAAAUCUGCCAUCAACCUCACCAUGGCUUCCCAGAAAAGUGUUCUGAACAUCGUCAUGGGUGCCAUGACAUUCGGAGAGGCUGGCAAGGAAGGUGCGAGGGUGCACCACCUCAAAGAUGUCGAGGCGAUCCUGGAUGUCUUCCAAGCUCAUGGUCAUACCGAGGUCGACACUGCGCGCAUCUACACCGGCGGCACGAGCGAAGAGUACCUCGGGAAAAUUGACUGGCGCAAGCGAGGCUUGAAGAUCGAGACGAAGUUGUAUCCCAAUGUCUCGAACAAAAGGAUUCAAAGUCCGAAUGGAGUUAUCAUCUCUCAUUCUCCUGAGGACCUGCGCAAGCACCUUGAAGCAUCUAUGAAAGCACUAAAUACCGACCAGCUGGAAAUGUGGUAUCUCCACGGCCCGGAUCGCACCACCCCGUAUGAGGUGACCUUGAAGACAGUGAACGAGCUCUACAAGGAGGGAAAGUUCAGGCGCUUUGGUAUAAGCAACUACAUGUCAUGGGAGGUCGCGGAGAUCGUGCAGAUAUGCAAGACGAAUGGUUACAUUCAGCCGACUGCAUACCAGGGCAUCUAUAAUGCCAUUCAUAGGAAGGUGGAGCCAGAGCUGUUCCCGUGUCUGCGAAAGUACGGAAUCAGUUUCUAUGAGUUCAAUCCUUUAGGAGGCGGGUUCUUCACGGGAAGGUACACGUCGCUGGACCAGCAGGUGGAACCAGGCUCCAGAUUCGAUCCGGAGAAAAAUACAGGGAGGAUCUACCGUGCGCGCUACUGGAACGAACCCUAUUUCAAAGCGCUCGGGUCCAUCCAAGAAGUCGCACAGGCUCACGACCUGACGAUGGCUGAAAUUGCGCUACGCUGGAUUUCCCAUCACAGCCUCAUGAAGCGCGAAUACGGCGACUCGGUGAUUAUUGGUGCAUCUAGCCUGCACCACAUUGAGCAGAACUUGAUUGACCUGCAAAAGGGGCCUCUUCGUGAGUGGACUACCAAUUAUAUGCGCGCAGUAUCUGACCGUCGUCUCCGCCUUAUUCCUGAUAGCUGACGAGGUUGUGCAGGCACUAGACGAGGCCUGGCUCUCCGUGGCUCCUUAUGCGACCAACUACUUUCACUGAAAUUAGUCAGCGACGAGUCAGGUAACUCGGUCAGUUAGUAUUAGUAUCGAAAUUGCAGAUAUCCCCGCGCAUCUGGACGAAC